AUGGCACCGGCGAUCCCAACCAAGGACGAUGAAGCCCAUCAGCUCCUUCUGAGCCAGCUUGACAUUGCGGCUGUCCCCAAACCGUUCCGUAACCCUCACUGGAAGCCAUCCCAGCGCCGCAACAAGAACGUCAAGGCGAUCAUUUCAGAGACUUCGCGCAAAGAAGCAUCCCAGUUAGCCACUCAAACCAACUCCGGCGCCACAACACCUGCUACAACGGGGGUCGUGCCCACUGAUGGCACCCGAACGCCAACAGAUGGUUCUGGCAAGAACCCCAACAUCGCGCAAGCUGCUCAGAAUCUAUCUACACUCGUAUUGGAGAAGAACGCCCGUGCUAUGUACCCGAGUGGUCCGGCAGUGACUUACACAAAUAUCGAGUCGGCGCCAUCCCUUGAUCCGGCCAACAAGCGUCAUUACUGCGACAUCACCGGUCUGUCCGGUCCAUAUACCGACCCCAAGACGCGGCUGCGCUAUCACGACAAGGAGAUCUUCGGUGUCAUUCGCAAUCUCUCACAGGGCGUUCCUGAAAGCUACCUUGAAGCUCGAGGAGCCCACACAGUCCUGAAAUAA